AUGGAUCAUACUCAGACACUCGCCGACCUCUGCGACGUGUUCUACGUCGGUGGUCAAUAUAUCCAGGAUGAUCGAGGAACCCAUAUGACGGGACAAAUAUGCGUACGACGAUAUGGAAAGAAAGUCGACAACCGACCGGCAAUCAUCUAUAUCCACGGAGCUGCGCAGACGGGCACUCAUUAUGAAUUCACACCAGACGGCCGUCCUGGGAUCGCCUUGCUCCAGGCGGAGGAAGGCUGGGAAUGCUAUGUCGUCGACCAGCCCGGCGUGGGAAGGUCGCGAUAUCAUGCCCACGACAUGGGAGAACUGACUCAAUAUACGGUGGAGGAACUGGAGGAGUGUUUCACAUCACCUCCGCAUGAUCUAUAUCCUCAGGCGAAACUGCUUACCCAAUGGCCAGGCACCGGCAAGAGGGGGGAUGCCUUCUUCGACGCCUUCUAUGCCAGCCAGGUCGGACACAGAGCAAAGUAUCGAGAUGUGGAACGGUCCUUUCGUCCUCUGGCCAAGGACCUCUUCGCUCGCACAGGGCCGGCCUUUUUGGUGACUCAUUCGCAAGCAGGGCUUAUAGGCUGGCAUAUCGCCGACGAGUGUCCCGACAUGGUCAGAGGCAUUGUGGCUUUGGAGCCGAAUGGGCCGCCGUUCAUCUACCCAGGUAUGCCAAAGUUCUACACCAGGACCCAAGUUAUCCAGCCGGGGUUCUGUGUCCGCCCCUUUGGCAUCACGGCAACUCCAUUGACCUACGAUCCGCCUCUGCCCGACGGUGCCAAAGGACUGGAAUUCACACGAGACUCGGAAGAGACCCAUGACAAGGCCCGUGUACCGGGGGCGCGGCUGACGGCGCCUGCACCCAAGCUGGUCAACCUGGCUUCCAUUCCUGUUGUUGUGGUGACGGCUGAAGCAUCCUACCACGCGACGUAUGAUCAUCACACAGUCCUGUUCCUCCAAGAUACCGGAGUGCCCGUCGAGCAUGUGUAUCUCGCCGAUCGAGGAAUACGCGGCAACGGCCAUCUCUUGGCCAUUGAGAAGAAUAACAAGGAGGUUCAGCAGUUCAUCAGUCAGUGGCUGAAUGAGACAAUGGCAAAGAAUGCGGCGAAAUAG